UCCCUCUGCAAGCUCCGCCUCCUCGCCGAUGAUUGGCCACCGGAACUGUAGCUCAGGAAAGGCACACACGAGGCCAAGCAUCAGCGAGGAAGCGAAACUUGGAGAUGAGGAGUCGAGCAGCAGCGUGAAGAUCAAAGAAGUGAGGGAGCAGCCGGCGCAAGUGAAGAGGAGAGCGGCCGGAGAAGGAAGACAGCUGACCGGUAAGUCCAGGUAUGCUGGCUGUGGAUGGGAGAGGGAGGGAGCGAGGCCAGGCUGGAGCAGGGGUCAGCAAGGUAAGUAUCAUUGGUGUCAGUGGGAG